UUGGUGCUCUGGCCACAAACAGAGCCAAGGGAAGCGCUGCAGCUUGCGAGUCAGAUGGCUCAUAGAAAGACAAAAAGCAACCGCAGCUCUAAAUGACAGACAGAAAAGGACGUGUCAGCAUCUUGAGAUAGCUUGAGGCAGACUGUCUGUGGCCCUGCAGGCAGGACAGACACAGACAAACAGGCCAUCAAUGGAACUGUCAAAUAAUCCAAGGUCGAGGGGGCAAGAGGAGGCACCCCCAACCCUGCUGUCUGAUCUGUCCCAAGUGAAAAACAACAGCUUCAGUGCUGCCCAACAACAGGGCUACUCUGCAACCAUCUUUUUGCGCCGGAAAGACAAACCAGAGAAGACUCAGCAGAAGUGCAUUGCCAUCUUUGCAUUGCUGUGCUGCUUUGCUGUACUAUUGGUGCUUAUCUUCUCUUCCGUGGAUAUAUGGGGAGACGAUGAGGAUGGAAUCACAGAGGAGAACUGUCGCACUGACUGUCGCAUUGUCCUUAUGGAGACAAUCCCCGAGGAUCUAAAAGAUCACUUGAAUGGUAAACGUAAUUUGCCACUCUUUGUUGGCUUUCACACAUUGCUGGACAUAGCGAAGCACUCAGUCCAGGUAGUGUCACCUGUUUGGAACUUGACGCCCUCGGAAAAAGAAACUAUGCCAAACACAGGACGGCAGGGUCAGCUUUUAUUCCAGAGAUUGCUCAACUUGAAAUCCCGUGGGGUCAAACUAAAGAUUGCUAGCAGUCUGACAAACUCUGCAGAACAGAAGAUUUUGGCAACGCACAAUGCAGAAGUGCAUUUGGUUAACAUGACAGCUUUUACCAGAGGAGGACUCCAUUCUUCAUUCUGGAUUGUGGAUCGGACACACAUCUACGUUGGCAGCGCUGACAUGGACUGGAGGUCAUUCUCCAAGAGAAAGGAGCUGGGCCUGAUGGUGUAUAACUGCAGCUGUCUGGCUCUGGACCUCCACAGAGUAUUUUCUUUUUACUGGCAGCUCCAUGAGAGGGACUACAUCCCCUCAAUCUGGUCCAAGAGAGUUACAGCGCUCUAUGGGAGAGAUCAGGCCCUGGAGCUGGAGCUCAACAAUACGCCUGCAGUUGCAUAUGUGUCUACCUCCCCUGAUCUUUUCUGCGCUAAAGAGCGCACGAGCGAUGUAGACGCCAUCGAUCAAGUCAUGCAGAGCGCAAAGACAUUUAUCUUCAUUUCUGUGAUGGACUACCUCCCUCUGGUUAGCAGACGCCUCAGAGGAACCUUGGUCACAAGGUACUGGUCACCACUUGAUGAGAUGAUAAGAGAGGCUGUGAUUCUGAGAGGGAUCAAAGUUCGCCUGCUCAUCAGCUUCUGGAAGAACACUCACCCUCUCACCUUUAACUUUGUAACCUCUCUCAAGUCAUUGUGUGUUCAGCUGAACAACUGUUCUCUGGAGGUGAGGUUUUUCAGUCACAAGGAGAAAAAGGAUGACAUUCAAUAUGGACUCAAUCACAACAAGUACAUGCUGACUGAUAAUGCUUUUUACAUUGGAAACCACAACUGGGUGGGGAAUGAUUUUUCCAAAAAUGGUGGAGUUGGGUUGGUGGCCCUGAUGAAAAACGAUGGAGGGAAGAUCAUGGAACAAAUGAAAGCUGCCUUUGAAAGAGACUGGACUUAUUCUAAAAGCCUGCUUGGAAACAAAGAUCGAUACAACAAAUAUAGACAUCAGCACCAAGCGGCGACGAAAGAGGAGGACAAUUGGAAUGACCCUUUGUCUUUGUAAAUACAAAUGACCUUUAUGCAACUUCUAUAUUUAAUGUGGAAUUGCUGCACUAUGCAUUGCUAUGAACGGCUUACACAGUACUUACAUUUCCCAGUAUCCAAAUGAAUUUAUUUACAUCUUGAUGUAAGAAUUGUAGCCGACUGCAUCUUAAAAUUAUUAUCCGAGUUGAUAACGACAGUAAUGUACAAUGCUGCAUGAAGUAUAUUAGUCGAUAUGUUGUCCGAGCCUAUAUUCAAACCAAAAAGACAGCCGUAUUCAAACUAUAGCCUACUAAAAAGUAGCAAUAUGUAUAUGCAUGUAUAUGAGCGUGCAAAAACCACAAAGAAAGACUGAGGGUGGGACUCAUAUCCAGAAAUGUGAGGCAGAUGGGCUACCCACUAGCACACUGCGCUGCCCAGUGCCAAAUUCCAUCUCAAUGUAUGGUGCAAAUUGAAAGUACUAUUUUUUUUAAAUUCUCCGGAAGUGGUAUGUGUUCUUUUGGGGCCCAUGAUAUGAGAUUAAAAGAUAUCACUUUUUAAAAUGACAAAUUCUAAUAAACAGAAGGUUUUUUUUAAAGUGUAAGCAAAAAAAUGUCACAUGCUCUUAAUUAAACACAAACAUAUGAAUGUCAUAAGA